CUGGUGUCUCCUUCCUUCCCUACGUGCACAGCUAUAUAAUAUCACAAAGGUUUAACGCCGGCCGGAAGAUUAAGUCCAAAAAAGAUCUUAUAGCGAACCAUGGCGCACAGAUACAAGGAAGAAAGUGAGCCACUUCUAUCUACUCCCAGUACUCUUUGUAGUUCCUACGAGAGCGCCACACCUAGGGCACCACCACAGUUUGUUAGAAAUUUAGCCACGGCGUUACCAGAAGGAAAAACACACCACCUGUUCUUCUCUCACAGUUCUGACGACCAGCAAUGGGUUCAGGAGUGGGUCGAACAACUGGAACAAGACUAUGGGAUCAAGUGUCUGUGGCCUCCGAGAGAUUUCACUCCUGGGAAGCCGAUUGCUUCUCUUAUUGAAGAUGGAAUGUCACGUGCUAUGAGAAUAGUUAUGGUUUUGUCGCCAGAGUACAUCGACAGUGGCUGGUGUUCCUACGAAAGACACCUGGCGUUUGUUUUGUCUGUCCAAGAGAGACGGAACGGCAUCAUUCCAGUGAUGCUGAAACCCUGCCCCGUACCAGACGUGCCGAGAACCGUCAACUACAUCGACGUCACCAAGGGAGAGAAUGCUGUUUGCAAGAUUAAAGACGCACUGUACCAAAAAUGUGAACUUAAGUACAUUCUGCCAAACGUCGGUCUUCAGUAUCACCAACAAGAUAAAAAUGGAAUGAAAAUCUCAGUAUCAGCUGAAAAAGAAAACACUUCUUCAGUGCGAGGGACAGCCUGGUACUUUAAAAGUCUAUCAACGUAUCAAGACCAGCUGUUAAGGAAAAUGGGAUCAAAGAUUUCGAGAGAGUUGCACGAUCUUACAGUGACGGAGUUAAACUCUUUGUUUUAUAUGAGGAUCUUUGGGCUGGUGAAACGCACCGCUACUCUCUAUUGCUUCAGUUUGCUCGUCUUUUUCGGUUACUAUUCCUGCAGCGUGUUAGGGGGUUGCCUAAUGUUUAUGAAUCAUGAGUACGACACAGACUGGAAUGCUCUCGUCACGGUUACCAUAGGAUUGAUGACUCCAGGUUUCAUGAUUUUAUACAUCCCACUGAACAUGCUGAUUCGGAGACAAAUCAAGCAACAGGGGAUCAAAAAAGCGCGGCAAAUCUUGAAAGCAGAAUCUAUUGAAUGGUUUCAGAAGAGGAAAAUAUUACUUUACUUCAGCCAAGAAUCAAUUCCUACUCUGCAGUUCAUGUUCUACGACAUGGAUCUCUGCCAGCUUUAUCUAAGAGACUGCUUUCUCAGGAUGUACAAUGCUAGUGCAGAGAAUUCCGAAAAAGAGGCUCUUGCCAAACGUGUGGCAGACCACCACAUAAGACUGUUUGUAAGCAACAACUACGACCGAAUUUUACAGUGGAACGACUUGGACGAAUCGAUUCAUGAACGCCAUGCCACCGUGAUGAGGAAAAAAUGUCUGUGCGAGAUGAUAGAAGAAGAUUUGUGGCCAGAACAGAUGAUAUGAUA